GGAGGGCCUGCCAGGUGAGGCGCGGUCACCCCGGGCUCUCACUUCCGCCCAGGUGAGGCAGGGCCGCCGCCGAGCCCGAUGGUCCCGGGCUCCCACCCGCGCCUCGGCUGGAUCAGUUUUUCUUUAGAUUUCUUUAGAAGUGAUUAAAAGGAAUAAUUCAAAAUGCCUGAAAAUCCUGCUACAGAUAAACUGCAGGUCCUGCAGGUCCUUGAUCGCCUGAAAGCGAAGUUGCAGGAAAAGGGAGACGUAUCGCAGAAUGAGAAGCUGUCUAUGUUUUAUGAGACACUAAGGAGUCCUCUCUUCAAUCAGAUACUCACGCUUCAGCAGUCCAUCAAGCAACUGAAAGGGCAACUCAGCCAUCUACCCUCAGAGUGUUCGACCAAUUUUGAUUUCUCUAGGAAAGGUUUGUUAGUGUUCACGGAUGGUUCUAUUACUCACGGGAAUGCCCACAGGCCCUCUAAUCACUUGGCUCUAUCUGGGUUAUCUCCUUGGACCUCGAAAUCAGGAAAUGAAGACUUCAACACAGUCAUUCAACAGAUGGCUCAGGGCCGGCAAAUAGAAUAUAUAGACAUAGAACGACCCACAACCGGAGGCCUCGGGUUCAGUGUGGUGGCUCUGAGAAGUCAAAAUCUGGGAGAAGUUGACAUCUUUGUGAAGGAAGUACAACCAGGAAGUAUAGCAGACAGGGAUCAAAGAUUAAAAGAAAAUGACCAGAUAUUGGCCAUUAAUCACAUUGCACUGGAUCAGAACGUUUCCCAUCAGCAAGCAAUUGCAUUAUUGCAACAAACCACAGGAUCUUUGCAUCUGGUGGUGGCCCGAGAACGCGUCCAUUCAAGAAGCAGUACUUCCACCAACCUAACUGAAACAACCCUGCCUGAGACAGCUUGUUGGGGUCAUAUUGAAGACGUUGAGCUCAUUAAUGAUGGCUCUGGAUUAGGUUUUGGAAUAGUUGGAGGAAAAUCAAGUGGCGUGGUUGUGAGGACUAUCGUUCCUGGAGGAUUAGCAGAUCGGGAUGGAAGACUCCAGACAGGAGACCACAUCUUGAAGAUUGGUGCCACGAAUGUGCAGGGAAUGACCAGUGAGCAAGUUGCCCAAGUGCUAAGGAACUGUGGGAAUUCAGUCAGGAUGCUAGUUGCCAGAAACCCAACUGGUGAAAUUUCAGUAACCCCUCCUGCCCCUACAACAUUACCUGUUGCCCUGCCUACUAAAGCCAGCAAGAGCUUCGAUUCUGAGAGGUCUCUUUUUGAAACUUACAAUGUUGAACUCAUUAAAAAAGAUGGACAGAGUCUUGGAAUUAGAAUUGUUGGCUAUGUUGGAACACCUACAGGGGAACUGUCAGGGAUUUAUGUGAAAAGUAUAAUACCAGAUAGUGCUGCAUAUCACAAUGGUCAAAUUCAAGUGAAUGACAAAAUAAUUGCUGUGGAUGGUGUGAACAUUGAGGGUUUUUCCAAUCAGGAUGUUGUUGAAGUACUACGAAAUGCAGGGCAGGUGGUACACCUAACCCUAGUUCGGAGGAAGACGUCCUCAUCUGCUUCUCCAGUUGAACGGCCUUCACACAGAGGAACCAUUAUAGAGCCACCAAAACCCCCAGCCCUUACUCUAAGUGGAGCAGUGGAAACAGAAAGUAAUUUGGAUGGUGACGAUGAGGAAAUGGAAGAAAAAAUGGACAAUCUGAAGCGUGACAACAUAAAAUCCUUAGAAAACUUGGAAAGAAUCCCAGGCUCUCCAGAAAGAGAACUGAAAUCCAGAUGGGAAAACCUAUUGGGCCCUGAUUAUGAAGUAAUGGUUGCUACUUUGGACACACAGAUUGUAGAUGAUGAGGAGUUACAGAAGUAUUCAAAGCUGCUGCCUAUUCAUACUCUGAGGCUUGGCGUGGAAGUGGAUUCCUUUGAUGGGCACCAUUAUAUCUCUUCCAUUGUUCCUGGCGGUCCUAUUGAUACACUGCAUCUCCUACAGCCAGAAGAUGAGCUUCUCGAGGUCAAUGGUGUGCAACUCUACGGGAAAUCUCGCCGAGAAGCAGUCUCCUUCCUUAAAGAAGUGCCGCCCCCUUUUACCUUGGUUUGCUGUCGACGGUUGUUUGAUGACGAGGCCUCCGUGGAUGAACCACGGACCCCUGGCACCUCCCCUUCUGCGAUGGAGGUUGACCACAAUGUAGAUGUCAAUACUGAAGAAGAUGAUGAUGGGGAAUUAGCACUAUGGUCUCCUGAAGUCAAGAUUGUUGAGCUAGCAAAAGAUCAUAAAGGCUUAGGAUUCAGCAUUUUGGAUUACCAGGACCCUUUAGAUCCAACAAGAUCAGUGAUUGUAAUCCGCUCCCUGGUAGCAGACAGUGUGGCAGAAAAAAGUGGAGAACUAUUACCUGGAGACCGCUUGGUCUCAGUCAACGAGUACUCUUUGGACAAUACCACACUUGCUGAGGCUGUGGAAGUAUUAAAAGCUGUGCCACCAGGCAUUGUGCACCUUGGCAUCUGUAAGCCUUUGGUGGAAGAUGCUAAAGAAGAAGGUUGUUAUACCGUACAUUCAAGCAAUACUGAGGACCACACUGAACUUUCAACAGCAAUUCAUGAUAUAAAUUCUUCUUUAAUACUUGAAGCACCCAAGGGAUUUAGAGAUGAACCCUAUCUUGAAGAAGAACUUGUGGAUGAACCAUUUCUAAAUUUGGGGAAGUCUUUCCAGUCUCAACAAAAAGAGAUAGACAACAGCAAGGAGGCCUGGGAGAUGCAUGAAUUUUCGACUCCUGGAUUGCAGGAAAUGGGUCAAGAAAGAGAAAUGCUUGUUGAUGAAGAAUAUGAGCUGUUUCAAAAUCAGUUUCAGUCCAUGGAGUUGUACCACUCAUCGCACAUGCGAGAGGCCCCCGCCGUGCCCUCUGGGAAGGAGCUUCACUUCGGUACACAGUGGUUACAUGAUGAUGAGCAACUGGAGCCUCAAGAAGCAAGAGCCAUGCAGGGGGUGUUUUCCCAGGAGACACAGCAGUAUGGCUGCAGCCCUGAGAACACGAUGAAAGAGAAUUUUGGCAUCGAUUCCUUACCAGGCCUACCCUCAACUGAAAGAAACAGUCAACAAGACAGAUUUGAUGAUCUGGAAAAUUUUAAUUCAUUAACAACAAGCAGUCUGGAUUUAGGCAUGAUGAUUCCGGAUGAUGACCAAGGUCCUAACUCACUCGUUGACCUUCCUGCUGUGGCUCAAAGAAGGGAACAAGAAGAGCUGCCUUUAUAUCAACUGCCCAGGACCCAAGUUGUUUCGAAGACUUCAGCAUACACAGGAAUGCUGUCUGCUAGACAUGCCACCAAUGCAUGUGAGUUACCUGAGAGGGAAGAAGGUGAAGGGGAAGAAACUCCGAACUUCAGCCACUGGGGCCCCCCAAGAAUUGUUGAAAUUUUUAGAGAACCCAAUGUGUCUCUUGGUCUCAGUAUUGUUGGAGGACAGACUGUUAUAAAACGCCUGAAGAACGGGGAGGAGCUUAAGGGUAUAUUUAUCAAGCAAGUUUUAGAAGACAGUCCAGCAGGAAAAACAAACGCCCUGAAAACUGGAGAUAAAAUACUUGAGGUGUCUGGAGUAGACUUGCAGAACGCCUCACACCAAGAAGCAGUCGAGGCCAUUAAGAAUGCUGGAAACCCUGUGGUGUUCGUUGUUCAGAGCUUGUCAACCACCCCAAGAGUUAUUCCUAAUGUACAUAACAAGGUAAACAAGACCACCAAUAACCAGGACAAAGACUCCCAAGAGAAAAAAGAAAAGAGGCAAGGAACUGCUCCGCCUCCUAUGAAACUGCCGCCGCCUUAUAGAGCUCCAUCUGAUGACAGUGAUGAAUAUGAGGAAGAAUAUGCAUUUACCGACAAAAAAAUCAGGCAAAGAUAUGCAGACCUGCCUGGAGAGCUACACAUUAUUGAACUUGAAAAGGAUAAGAAUGGACUGGGACUCAGCCUUGCUGGUAAUAAGGACAGGUCACGCAUGAGCAUCUUUGUGGUGGGCAUUAACCCAGAAGGACCUGCUGCAACAGACGGACGCAUGCGUAUUGGAGAUGAACUGUUAGAGAUAAACAAUCAAAUCCUGUAUGGAAGAAGUCACCAAAAUGCAUCUGCCAUUAUUAAGACUGCCCCGUCCAAGGUUAAGCUGGUUUUCAUCAGAAAUGAAGAUGCAGUCCAUCAGAUGGCCGUGGCUCCCUUCCCAUUGCCUUCAAGCUCCCCAUCUUCCAUUGAGGAUCAGAGUGGCACAGACCCUGUCAGUAGUGAGGAGGAUGGCAGUCUUGAAGUUCGUAUUAAACAAUUGCCUGAAAGUGAAAGCUCCAAACUGGAAGACGCGGCCCAGGUGACUGGUCAGGGCAUGGUGGAGGAUCAGCAGAAGGCACCAGAGCACCCAGCCGGCAACAUACGUAACUCGGCCGUCAACCAGAUGAAACAGCAAAAACAUUCAACAAAGGUCUCCUUUAGUUCACAGGAGAUACCUUUAGCACCAACUCCAUCAUACCAUUCAACAGAUGCAGACUUCACAGGCUAUGGUGGCUUCCAGGCUCCCCUGUCUGUGGACCCUGCGACAUGUCCCAUUGUGCCUGGCCAGGAAAUGAUUAUAGAAAUAUCCAAGGGACGCUCCGGACUGGGUCUCAGCAUUGUGGGAGGAAAAGACACACCCUUGGAUGCUAUAGUUAUACACGAAGUGUAUGAAGAAGGAGCAGCAGCCAGAGAUGGCCGACUUUGGGCUGGUGACCAGAUAUUAGAGGUUAAUGGGAUUGACCUGAGGAACUCCAGCCACGAAGAAGCCAUCACAGCGCUGAGGCAGACCCCCCAGAAAGUGCGGCUGGUGGUGUAUAGGGAUGAGGCACACUACAGGGACGAGGAGAACUUGGAGGUUUUCCCUGUGGAUCUGCAGAAGAAGGCUGGCCGAGGACUGGGCCUGAGCAUCGUCGGGAAACGAAAUGGAAGCGGCGUGUUCAUUUCCGACAUCGUGAAAGGCGGAGCGGCCGACCUGGAUGGGAGAUUGAUUCAGGGAGAUCAAAUCUUAUCUGUGAAUGGAGAGGACAUGAGAAAUGCCUCACAGGAGACAGUGGCCACUGUCCUCAAGUGUGCACAGGGACUCGUGCAGCUAGAGAUUGGAAGACUCCGCGCUGGGUCCUGGGCCUCCACGAGGAAGACUUCCCACAAUAGCCAGGGAGGCCAGCACAGCUCACACAGCACCUGCCGUCCUUCCUUCGCCCCUGUCAUCAGCGGCCUACAAAACCUGGUUGGCACAAAAAAGGCUUCAGAUCCUUCCCAGAAAAGUUCAGGCACAGAUACGGGUCCCAGGACUGUUGAGAUAAUCAGGGAGCUCAGCGAUGCCCUUGGAAUCAGUAUUGCUGGAGGAAAAGGAAGUCCCUUAGGAGAUAUCCCUAUAUUUAUUGCCAUGAUUCAGGCCAACGGAGUGGCUGCCCGGACACAGAAGCUGAAAGUUGGAGAUCGGAUUGUCAGCAUUAAUGGGCAACCUUUGGAUGGGCUGUCUCACGGGGAUGUGGUUAAUCUGCUGAAGAACGCCUACGGGCGCAUUAUCCUGCAGGUUGUAGCAGAUACCAAUAUAAAUGCCAUCGCAUCUCAGCUUGAAAACAUGUCCACAGGCUGCUACCUUGGCUCCUCGACUGCCGAACACCAGCUGGAAGAUACAGAAACACCUCCACCUAAGAUUAUUACUUUGGAGAAAGGCUCUGAAGGCUUGGGGUUUAGUAUUGUAGGGGGUUAUGGAAGUCCCCAUGGAGACCUGCCAAUUUAUGUCAAGACUAUAUUUGCAAAGGGAGCAGCUGCAGAUGACGGCCGAUUAAAGCGUGGCGAUCAGAUUUUAGCUGUUAAUGGUGAGCCGCUGGAAGGUGUUACUCAUGAGCAAGCUGUUGCCAUUCUGAAACACCAGAGAGGGACUGUAGCCCUAACGGUACUGUCAUGAGCCAUGGGACCUGAUCUCAAGAUAGAUGUUUAGCAUGUCAUAGGAAGAUGAAGUUCUGGGUGGGGAUGGAAAGCAGCCAGGAUUCACCUAAGGUUCACCUUCAUUCUGACCACCCCACACGCUCGCUCAGGAAAGGUGGCCAAGGCUUCACGUGAAUUUUCAAGUCCACGAUCAUCUCCCCAGUGUUUCCCAGCUUCUGUCACCUCUCGAUGAGGUCAUGCUCCACAGCUUGAAUGAGUCUUAAUCUAUUUUGCACUUAACAUUGAUGUUUGCCAACUAGUAGCAACCAUUUCUGAUUAUAUUUGACAAAACUGGAGUUGUCAGCCUCUCACCCCUGUCCCCUUCUCUCCCUGCACAUACUGAGCUUCACACCAGCUUCAGAUCCCAUUCGAUGAACAGAAACGAAUGUUGAGCAGCUUGUCAUCCACCCAUGGUUUGCUUAGGCCAAUUGUCUCUUCGAGUAAGCCAGAAAACAUUAGCAAUCUCAUUCACUUACCUGUGAUCGCCAAGGCUCUCCUGUGGGAAAUGACCAUGCUCUCUUCUGUACGAUUUAGUUAGGUAAGCCUCCAAUCCAUUUCUCUGCAUGGAUCUUUAUCAGUCAGCCAUUGGUGAUUUUGAUGAGAUGAGUUACUGACUAUAAUGUAAAAAUUCAAAAAGGCUUUCUAAGUGUUUUCUCAGCUCCAUAAAUGCAUAUCGCGGAGCACAUGCACCUUGCUCUCUGCAGGAACAGUUAACGCCCAUGUUCUAAACUCUAACAAUGUCAAAUCAUGUUCAAGUUCAGGAAGUUCAUCUGGAGUUAAUGGUGUCUGAGUAGGGAGGUAUCAUUCCUGUCUCCCCUUCAGUCUUCAGAUGAGGUAGCAUCUCAGAACCACAUUGCAGAGAUCAGGACGUUUUGCCUCAAGUCCAACGAGGCUUGGCGGGCUUUGGUCUUGUACAAAGUAAAGUGACCAGUGUGACUGUCCUUCCCCGUACCUCCACACCAGUCAGUCCAGGAGCACAGAAUGCAGGAACCUAGGUGGACAGCCUGCUUAGCCACAACACUUGUGAGCGACAGGCAGAACGAAGCCUCGGAACGGUGAUGAACAUGUUUAGCUCCUGUUGCUGGUCUCCAGGGAGCCUUCCAUUGGCAAGGUUUGGCAUGCUAAGACAGCAGCUAUAGCAGGAAUAAAAGAACAACUCUGGAUUCAAUUACGGGCAUUCUUGCAUAUUGGCAAGAAAAGGGGAAGAUGCUUAAAUAAUGAAGAUUAUAGGGUCCUCUAUAUUUAAAAACAAACAAACAAAGGACAAUGAAGGAUGAGUACCAGGGUCAAUAGUAGUCGUAGUCAACACUAUUUAACUACAACACAAUGCUGCAAAUGAUUCACAGUAAUUAUCAAAAAUUCGAUGGGCUCUAAUGUAAUAUGUUAUUUAACAAGCAUAGAUCUUAACUGAGAAUUAUCUUUGAGUAGACGUAAUCACAAAGUGCAUUAACUCUUGUUGGAAUAUUUUGUAGCUAUUCCAAAGUAUAGAGUGCCUAAAUUUUAUGUUGAAAACGUCUUUCCGGACUGAUAUUAAGUUUUCUGCAAUGUUACAUGGCUUUUGCGAUUUCUCAUGUAUUGAGGACCUGCAGUGUUGUUAGGGUCUCGUCUUUCAAUGUAUGAGAAGCUACCAGCCUCAGAAUGUUCUGUGUCGAUUAUAUCUGCAAGAAAACCUCAGGCAGCCCAGAAGAAACCAAGCGCAAGUAAAACUUGAAAAUGCACCUUAAAAUGACAUAUACCUGUAAUACUUUCGAAAUGUGAUUCUGCUUGAUUUUGAUGGAAUGGCCAUUAAAUACACAUUUUGAAAUAAUA